AUGGGAGGGGAAGGAGGCAGGCAAGGCCCCUGCAUUGGCGAAGUUCCUCUAGGGGAGGAGAUCAGCGUUGUCCCUAAUUGGUUUCUGGAUGUCAACCUGUCCCCAGUCAUCUUGGGUGAACAGGGAGGGAGCCGGUGCCUGUCGUGUGGGACUGGGCAAGAACCAGUUCUGAAACUAGAGCCAGUGGAAAUCAUGGAGCUUUACCGCAGCCCCAAGGAGUCCAGGGGGCUUCACCUUUACUGGCAGGACACGGGGCGUACCUCCAGCUUCAAGUCUGUUGCCUUCCCAGGCUGGUUCCUGUGCAGGGUGCCCCAAGCCAACCAGCCUCUUGGACUCACCCAGCUCCCGGGGGAUGCUGGUAGGGGCCACCCCAUCACAGACUUCUACUUCCAGCACUGUGACUAAGGCAGUGCUGGCUGGCCCCCCAGUGAUGAUGGAUGACUUACGUCGUAGUCAGAAGAAUUAGUCUUGAGGUGAGCACAACAGACAUUAUUUCUGGCUGUACUCUGCUCCGCCUUCCAUGGGGUGACAUCUGAAGUGGACUGCUCUGUGGUGGCAGCAGGAAUGAGAUCGAAUGAGAUCGAUGAAGACAGAGAAAGGUGUGCUGGGUCAUGUGGCUGGAGUCUCCCGCGCUGUAGCCUGGAGUGGCCACGGCCCCUGACACUUCAGCCUCCAAGGGCCUCCUGCACUGGGUGAAUACUGUCUGCCAAAAUUCGUGUCUUGGAAACCUCAGGCUGCGGCCUCACUUGCACAUAGGCCUGUGCGGGUAUAAUCAGCAAAGUGGUUAUGGUACAUCAGGCGGCCCUCCAUCCGGCCUGCCUGUUGUCCUUGUGUGAUGAGGAGGGAACAUGCAGAGACUCAGAGGAGGCCCAGGGCAGAAGGCAGUAUGGGGAUGGAGGCAGAGACAGGAGCUGUGCUGCAGCAAGGUCAGUGGCCAAUGGCCAAGGCUCUGCUAGGAUGAGACACUGUCCCCAUGACCUCCAUUAGAUUUCUGUGUAAAAUGUCAUUGUGAAACUCAGUUUUGAAAAGUACUGCCCUGCCCAUCUCCUUAUUCCAAUGACAAUAAGUUGGAAGCCCCCGAACAAAGGGGGUUUCUAGGGUGGCAAGAAAACUGGUAUAGCACUGAGUAUACAAGCCAACCUUGCCAGUCCAACCUGCUGCACAGCCCCAUGCCUUGCCCAGGAGUAGCACACAUGUUCGCUGGGUGUAGUAGCCAACCUUAUAUGUCUGAGUUAUUACUUUGAGCUGACAAUUAAUUUGGCAGAACUAGAUACUUAACUUGAUAGUUUGCUAUUCAGUGACCUGUGGAUGGCAGUGAGGAUGGGUGACAUUUGAAGCAGGGAAAUCAAAGCCAGCCCUGAGUGUCCCGCUGGGAAGACAAGAAGAAAUUACAUGCCUGGAGGGGGGUUUAGCUUCCACAGAGAAGUGAUAUUCACUCUGACAGUAAGUCUGGGCCAGAUGGGGUGAAACGGCCAGCCUCUGAAUUCUAGAGCUGGGCAGGGACAUGAUGACGGCUGUGAGGCUCCUGCCUGCCUACCCAGGUUCAGCCCUGAGCGGUGCCCUUGGCUCACAGGCUUAUGGGAACUUGUUCUCCGGUUUCCCGGGACACAGUCACAAGCUGACUUGUUCCCAGACGGCCCCAGUGAGGGCGGCUGGAGCUCCUGGGGUGUGUGGGGUUGGGGAGACCUCGGUAGAUGCUGGGUCCCAGUUAUGAAUCAGCAGCCUGGUGGGACUUUCCAAACUGUGAUGGGAAUUCUGAGUGCAUGGGUAUCUGUCACCCCGCCCAACUGCCCUCCUCCUCUGAUAGCCCUUCUCCUCUUCCCCUCAGCAAGGACCAGUCAUGUUUGAUUGCAGGGGUGUGCUCCCUCCCCACGUGUAAGUCAUUCCAUUCCCAAUCAGGGAGGGGCCCAGGGUGACACAGGAAAGGGAAGGAGGCCGAGUCAGAGGGAGAAGGCCCCCCCCUCUCACCUUAGAAACCUCAAGUACUGGGUAAUAAGGCUCAGUCACCACCCAACAGCAUAGUUCUUUCCUGAGCAUCCCGCAAGAUGCCAGUCAUAAUGCUGUCCUGCCUCCAUCCUGAGAAAUCUACAAGGGGGUGUUACAAAGCCCAUUUUAUAGAUCUGGAAACUGAGGCUCAAAGAGGUUAAACGAAUUCCCUGAUGUCACCCAGAGCCAGGGCCCAGACUGCACAUCCUGUGUAUGUUCCACUCUCUCUGAAAGCUCAGAGACAACACUGAGCCUCGGGGACACCUUUGUAUGUGGUCUCUGUGGUCCUUACUCUCAGCCUGGGCUUCCAAGUCUCGCCUGUGUUAAACCUCCUCCAAAAUUUGGGUGUUUGCUUACCGUUUACUUUUCAGUGUCAUGACUUAUGCUGUAAACUACCUCCAGCCCUUUGAGGAAGGAGAUGAAAUUUGAUGAAAAUUAUGUAAGCUGGCCUCUGGGUACCUGUCCUCAACUCUCGCAUGGCCCGUCCUGUCCUGAUUUGGGGGCUAGUCAGGGCCCCAGGGAGUUACUACUUGGCUGGAGGGCAGGACACAUGCCCAAAACAUGCAGAGGACAAAGCAGAUGCCGCACUGUAGGUUCAGUUCUCCAAGCAGACUGUUGCUGGCUAGUGUGUUAUGCAAGGUCCUGGUGGCCCAGCUCUUCAGACCUUUAUUUUCUAUUGCAGAAGUGGACCUGUUUUCAACACCUAUAGUCAUCAGCUAAGGGUAUUAUUAAUUAUAGAGUAGGUAGAUAGAUAGAAAUGAGCAGGAGAAAGAGAAAUUUUGCCCUGGUUAUAAAACCCCUUGCUGCUGUUCCUACUUGGGUCAAGACCGCUUGUAGCUGCCCAGCAGGACUCCAGGCUCACACAUACCCCUAAAUCAAAGAGAUAUGUUGUUAGGAAUCACAGAAGGGAGUAUACAUCCUGUUUGUCAGGACAACCAAUACCUCACUAACCCAACAGCAUUCCAGGUUUACACACACUGCUAAGGGAUGUGUGUACAUAUCCCCCAACAUCAAGAGGAUGUGUGUAUCCAUGCCCCCGAAUCAAAGAAAUGUAUUGUUAAGAGAAGAAGACAUCCUGCUUAUCAACACAUCCUGUUUGUCACCAAUACCUCACUAGCCCAACAGGAUUCCAGGUUUACACAUACCCAUAAGGGAUGUGUUUACACAUGCCACCAAACCAAGGGGAUGUAUUUACCCAUGCCUCUAAAUCAAAGGAAUAUGUUUAUUCAUCCUCUAAAUCAAAAGGGUGUGUUUACACAGGCCCCUAAAUUAAAGAAAAGCUUUGCUAAAUGCCAGAGGACCUUGCACCUCAGGGAGAGAAAGAGAUAAGAGAAGGGAGAGGGUUGGCAAUUCUACCCAUGCUAUGUAAGGCAAGGCUGCUUUCCUCC